CACACCCAACACCUUCUGAAAAUACAAUACAAUACAAACCCAUCAAAAAGAUCUUCCAAAUGGUUUAGCCCCUCUUCCCCAAACCCCCCACAGUUCAAGUUUCGCGGCAACGCUAUUCUCUACUUUCUCUCCUCUUCCUCUUUCUCUCUCUAAAACGCUUUCUCUCUCUCUCUCUCUUCUGGUCAAAGUUGCUUCAAGAAGAAUCGCUCUCUCUUAAACAUUAUCAUUUUUUGUUUUUGUUUUUCUCUACAAUUGGUUCAAAUUUAGAUUCUGAUAAACCCUACCACCGCUAAGGUCCUUCGAUCUAUGACUUUAGGGUUUGGAAAGAUUUGGUGUUGCACUUAAUGGCUCCAACCAAAAAAUCUCGGGUGAACAAGCGGUAUGGAAGUGCAGUUUCUUAUUCUCCGGAGAAAGAUGUAGGGAUUUUAACUAAGAACAAGCAACGAGGUUCAGUGUCGUUUUCUCCUGAUAAAGAUGGCGGUGGCGGGAACUCGAGCAAAAGCAUUCAAAGAAAGAAAAAACUAUCAGAUAAGUUGGGAUCUCAGUGGAGCAAGGGAGAGCUUGAGCGUUUUUAUGAAGCGUAUAGGAAGUAUGGAAAAGAUUGGAGGAAGGUUGCUGCUGCAGUGCGCAACAGAACUGUCGAAAUGGUGGAGGCUCUUUACAGUAUGAAUCGGGCAUACUUGUCGCUGCCAGAAGGGACAGCUUCUGUGGUUGGCCUUAUAGCAAUGAUGACAGAUCACUAUAAUGUUCUGGAAGGGAGCGAUAGUGAACAAGAGAGCAAUGAUGGUUCAGGACUUUCUCGAAAACAUCAAAACCGCAAGCGUGGCAGAGAUAAUUUUAACACCUCAAAAGAUCUUUUCCAAUCUCACUCAGUUGCUUCUACUGAUGGAUGCUUAUCAUUACUCAAAAGGAAACGCAGUGAUGGUAGCCAGCCUCGUGUAGUUGGGAAGCGGACACCACGUUUUCCAGUUUCAUACUCACAUAAGAGAGAGUAUAAGGAAAAUCAAAUAUCACCAAAUAGGAAGGGCAAAAAGGCUGAGAAUGAUAAUGAUGAUGCACAUGUAGCAGCGUUGGCGUUGACUGAGGCUUCUCAAAGAGUAGGUUCCCCUCAAGUUUCUACACCAUACAAGCAUAUCAGCUCUUCUCCUGCUCAGAGCUGGGAAAGAUUAGCACUACGCUCACAAAGACUUCGUGAUACUUCGGUGGAUGACGAUUGGUUUGAAGGUAGUGUUGGAAGCAGGGGAGCUGAAAAUGGAGAUUAUGGAAAGGAUGCUAGCUCCUUAAUGGCUAUGGAAGGUGUUGGUACAGUUGAGGUUCAUCAAAAGGGGAAGAAGUUUUAUGGAAAAAAAGAGAAUGUUGAGGAUGAUGAUGGUGGGGAAGCAUGUAGUGGCACAGAAGAAGGGCAAAACGUCAGCAGUUUGAAGGGAAAAGUUGAUGUUGAAUUUUCAAAUACGAAAGUUGAGCGAGUUUCUCCGCAAAGUCAACGGAAGAGAAGCAAAAAGCUAUUUUUUGGAGAUGAAAGCUCUGCCAUUGAUGCUCUUCAAACUUUGGCCAAUUUGUCGCUCAUGACAUGCACUAUGGAAUCUGAAUCAUCUGUCCAAUUGAAGGAAGAAAGAACAACUCUCGAUACAGAAGAGAAAAGCAGUGUACCUGAAGCAACAAGCCAAGUAAGAAACAAAAAUAAACUCUCGGGUGCUAAACAAAAGGUACCCCCUGCAAUUUCUAAAAAUAAUGGUACUAUUUCCAAAAAAUCCAAACUUGGAAGGGAUGCAAAUGGUGAUAUUAAUAAUGAUUCAACAACGGCACAACUUCAUUCUGACAACAAAUUAUUGAAAAGGAGGCGGAAGUCCUUGAUACCAAAGAUGUCAAAAGUAGAAGCUCGUCUAGAUGCUAUUCUAAAAGGAACUUUUAAGAUAGAGGAUAUUUGUGAAGAGGAGAGUAAACCAGUGAUUAAAGGUAAACGGAGUAGCCAAACUUCUACUCCUUCAAAACAGUGGAAAUCAGUAGGAUCAUCUGAAGGUUCUUUGAGUAGUGAAUAUAACAGAACUGGAAGUGGCACUGAUUUAGUUGUAUCAACUACCCAAGUUCCUGCUGCCAGCCAUGUUAACUUACCAACUAAACAAAGAAGUAAGCGCAAAAUGUAUCUACCCCGAACAUUGCCCACCAAAGACAUCAAGUCUACGGAGAAUAUUGUAAAACGGCAGGUUAACAAAUAUUCCGCUUUGGCAGAGGAAAAGCUUUCUUGUUUCCUAUCAUCAACUAUGGUUCGAAGAUGGUGCACAUUUGAGUGGUUUUAUAGUGCGAUCGAUUACCCUUGGUUUUCCAAGAGGGAGUUUGAGGAGUAUUUAAACCAUGUUGGAUUGGGUCAUAUCCCAAGGCUAACUCGGGUUGAAUGGGGUGUCAUUAGAAGCUCCCUUGGAAAACCUCGGAGGUUUUCUGAACUUUUUCUUCGCGAAGAAAGGAAGAAACUUAAACAGUAUCGAGAAUCUGUUAGAGAACAUUAUACUGAACUCCGGACUGGUGUUAGGGAAGGUCUCCCUACAGAUUUAGCGAGACCUCUUACAGUUGGACAGCGGGUGAUUGCUAUACAUCCCAAAACUAGAGAAGUUCACGAUGGAAGUGUGCUUACAGUUGAUCAUGAUAAGUGCAGGAUUCAGUUUGACCAUCCUGACAUAGGUGUUGAAUUUGUCAUGGAUGUUGAUUGCAUGCCUUUAAACCCAAUGGAGAAUAUGCCAGAAUCUCUUAGGAGACAGAACAUUGCUAUUGACAAAUUUUCUCUUACAUCUAAAGAGGCACAACCGAAUGGGAACUUUGGAGGGCCUGUGAUGUUUGCUUCAAGUGGGCACAUGGAGAAAGCACCUACAUCUAUGAAUACCUUGGGAAAGCAUGGAAAGGGGGAUACAACCCAUUCUGUUUCUCAUUUGAAAGCAACAGCUAUUGACAUUGUUAGUAGUACCCAACCAAUAGCCUACGGUCAAUCUUUUAUGGUGGCAAACAACCAAGCUAGGGAAGCAGAUAUACGAGCUCUUUCUGAGUUGACUCGUGCUCUUGACAAAAAGGAAGCAUUGUUGACGGAGCUUAGAAAAACAAAUAAUGAAAUACUGGAAAACCAGAAUAAUGGAGACUACUCUUUAAAAGAUUGUGAAAUGUUUAAGAAGCAUUACGCCACAGUACUUGUACAGCUAAAUGAAGCCAGUAGCCAGGUUUCUUCGGCUUUGCAUGAUUUGAGGCAACGUAAUACUCAUCCAGGAAAUGUCUUGCUUCCUGGUUUGAAGACCCCUAUCAAUUCCACUACCCACAGUAACGUUCCAGGUUCAUUUGAUAAUUUUUCCAUUUCUCAAGACUCAGGAUCUAAUGUCGUUGAAAUUGUUAAAGGAUCAACAAUAAAAGCACAAUCUAUGGUUGAUGCUGCUAUUCAGGCAUUUUCUUCGAGUAAGGAAGGGGAAGACGCCUAUGUGAAGAUUAGAGAAGCUCUAGACUCUCUGGAUAACAAGUCAGUGACAUCGGAGUCCAGAGUAUUAACGAACAAGCCUCAGGAGCAGGUCAAUGGAACAUCAGGCCAUCGCAAUCCAUUGAUCUCUUGUACAUCGGAGCCUGUCGUCACCGGUGAUUCAUCUGCUUUAAAUUUGCGUACAGAUUCUGAAAAAAGCGAGGCAAAAGUUCCUUCAGGCAUCAUCUCUUCAUGUGUUGCUAGUUUGCUCAUGAUACAGACAUGUACAGAACGACAAUAUCCUCCAUCGGAAGUAGCUCAAAUAUUAGAUACAGCCGUCUCAAGCUUGUAUCCAUUGUCUUCUCAAAAUAUUCAAAUAUACAGAGAAAUACAAUCGUACAUGGGUAGAAUCAAGACUCAAAUAUUAGCCCUCGUACCAACUUGAGUUUGAAAACUCGUAAUCUGCUCAAUCUAGACAAAGAAAAAGGGCAAAAAAAAAACCCCUUUUACUAAAUCAAGCAGAACGAGUAAUCAUUCACAUGUGGUCCUGUUAGUACUUGAAUUAGCUUGGUGUAAAUAUGGUAAUGGGAAGAGCUUGAACAGUUAUAUGUUUAUAGCUCUCUCUUCCCUCAUUUCUUGUGUUGUAUAAUUUAAUUUUUUUUGACAUUCAGAAACAGAUGACGACGGCAGAUAAAACUGGUGCCAAAUAGUAAUUAUAAUAUAAGCUGGGUUGUAUUUCCAUUUUCUUAUUUUGAAAUGGACUUGGCAGCUGGCAAUCUUUUCUUUUUCAA